AUGGCGUCCUUCGCCAAUCCCACGCAGAUCUUUGCCGACGAUGUCGUCGAGGAAAAGGGCGAGAAUGCCCGUCUGUCCGCCUUUGUCGGUGCCAUCGCUGUUGGUGACUUGGUGAAAAGCACAUUAGGUCCUAAGGGAAUGGACAAGAUCCUUCAGUCAGCGUCGACCGGCGACAUCCUCGUAACAAAUGACGGUGCUACGAUCCUCAAGUCUAUUGCCCUCGAUAACGCCGCGGCCAAGGUGCUCGUGAACAUCUCCAAGGUCCAGGACGACGAAGUCGGUGAUGGAACGACAUCCGUGACGGUGUUGGCAGCGGAGUUGCUGCGUGAGGCAGAGAAGCUCGUGAACCGCAAGAUUCAUCCUCAGACGAUCAUCGAGGGCUACCGGAUAGCCAGCAAGGCCGCUCUGGAGGCCCUUGAGAAGGCUGCCGUCGACCGAAGCAAGGAUAUGGAGGCUUUCCGGAAAGAUCUUCACGCUAUCGCUCGGACGACCCUUAGCUCCAAGGUUCUGGCUCAGGAUCGCGAACACUUCGCUGCUCUCGCUUGUGAUGCAGUUCUCCGGUUGAAGGGCUCGACCGACCUCAGUCACGUCCAGAUCAUAAAGAAGGCCGGCGGCAAGCUCAGCGACUCGUACCUGGACGAAGGCUUCAUCCUUGACAAGAAGAUCGGUGUGAACCAGCCUAAGCGCUUGGAGAAUGCCAAGAUUCUGGUUGCCAACACCGCCAUGGACACUGACAAGGUCAAGAUCUUCGGUGCACGGGUCAAGGUCGAGUCAACGGGCAAACUAGCCGAGCUGGAGAAGGCGGAGCGCGAAAAGAUGAGAGCCAAGGUUGAGCGGAUCAAAUCUCACGGCAUCAACUGCUUCGUCAACCGUCAACUCAUCUACAACUGGCCCGAGCAGCUGUUCACCGAGGCCGGUAUCAUGUCCAUCGAGCAUGCCGACUUUGACGGAAUUGAGCGUCUUGCCCUGGUCACUGGUGGUGAGAUUGCUUCGACCUUCGAUCACCCCGAACAGGUGAAGCUUGGCCAGUGUGAUGUUAUUGAGGAAGUUAUCAUCGGCGAGGAUACCCUCAUCAAGUUCUCGGGCGUGGCUGCCGGUCAGGCAUGCACCAUCGUACUGCGCGGUGCCACCGAGCAGCUUCUCGAUGAGGCAGAACGAUCCCUCCACGAUGCACUGGCUGUUCUCUCUCAGACUGUCAAGGAUCCCCGGGUCACACUGGGCGGUGGCUGUGCCGAGAUGGUGAUGUCCAAGGCCGUUGAACAGGCGGCCCAGAACACUACCGGCAAGAAGCAGCUGGCUGUGGACGCAUUCUCCUACGCUCUUCGGCAAUUGCCCACUAUCUUGGCCGACAAUGCCGGUCUGGACUCCAGCGACCUGGUUACAAGACUCCGCCAGGCCAUCAACAACGGCAUGACCAGUUCCGGUCUGGAUUUGCUUACCCCUGGCGGUGGUAUUGCUGAUAUGCGGGAGUUGGGUGUUGUGGAGAGCUACAAGCUGAAGAGGGCGGUUGUUUCCUCGGCAUCAGAAGCCGCAGAGCUUCUCCUGCGUGUCGACAACAUCAUCCGGGCUGCUCCUCGCAGACGCGACCGUAUGUGA